UUAAAGUUUAUGCUUCUCAUCUGCUAAAUUGUUUAAGUUGGGGAAGUCAAAAGGCGCGGAGAGAAUGGCUCAGAGUUCAGCUACAAGAGGAAGAGGAAAGACAAGCCGGUGCCGGAAGCGAGAAGUAGAUUGGUCGGAACUUUCACCGGAAGUUCUAUUGGCUAUAGGAAAGCGCCUCGAAAGUCGAAUUGACGUCUGCAAAUUUCGAUCGGUAUGUAUAAAAUGGCGCUCUUCUUUACCCCUUCCUCAAAACCCUAAUUUCUCAAACCCUUUAUUGCCACUUCAACUGCAAAUUCCUAAGGCAAACCCUCUCCCAUUUAGUAAAAGUUUUCACAUCUUUACGCUGGUGGCAACUACUGUUUUUCUUGUUCAACCUCUUGAUUUUGAUCCUAAUAAUUCAGAUUCUAAAUGUAUGAUUCUAUCUGUAGAAGAAAGAAAACCUGGCAAAUUCCGAAAUUUGUACCCUGUUUCAAGAAAACCCGUCUCAUUUAAGGACCCCACUUUCCCCAAAUCUUUAAAUUUAGCUGAAUUUCGUGUAACUGAAAUUGGAAAAGGGUAUCUUUUAAGGGUUUUGGCAAAAUCAAAUUAUGCGGAGCAUGGCUAUGAUGGGUGUAAAGUUAUUUUGUGUUUGAACUCUGAUGAAACAUGUCCUUAUAAUGCUGCUGAUAAUUGCACAGCUAUAGUGCUCUAUACUGAUGGGACUUUGAUUGGUUUAAAUUUGAGAGAUGGAAACUGGAGGUAUGUGCAUCAAAGCUUAGUUAGGCGGUUUAAGGAUGUAUUAUGGCUGAGAGGGUUGGUUUAUGCUGUUGAUGAUGGAGGAAGACUGUAUGUUAUUGAUCAUUUGACUCUCAAAGUGAUCGAGACCAUUGUUGAUCAUCCGAUUCUUACAGGUUUUCACGCGAUUAGUUUGGUGGGUUCAUCUGAUGAAGUAUAUCUAAUUGUUGUUUCAUGUAAAAAGACUUACAAGCUCAAUCAGAUGCAACGCAGAUGGGUUGAGAUGAAAACUCUAGGAAAUAGGAUGGUAUUUUUGGGUUUUGAUGGUAGCUUUAUGGUAUCUACUAAAAGCCUUUUUGAUUGUGAUGGCAAUAUUGUGAUUUUCAACCGUGAAAUUUUUGGUGCAUAUCAGUUUAACGAGUCAGUAUUUAGAGAAGCAGCCAGAGAUCUUGGGAUCCUUAUGUACUCCGAAGGAACUGGUGUUGCUUUGUCUUAUGAGACUGUUUCUAAUGCAUUGUGGCCGCCUCCAACAUGGUUCUGGCAAUAUACAUUUCCAUCCAACUGGGAUGCUGCAAACAAUCUGCAGCAAGGUGGACAUGACUAUUGGCCUUUGAAUAUUCACAAGAAACAGAAGAAAGCAGCAACCCCGUCCAUGCAAGCUGACAAACAGCCGCAAAAUGCUAAGAGUAAUAAAAGUGUUGCUUCUAAAGUGACAUUUGAAGGAGUGGAUAUUAAGUCCGAUCUGGUGUCAACAUUGCAAAAGAUCUGGGCAAAACAUGGAAAUGUAGUUGAAGGUGUGCAAAGCAAGGACAUGUUAAAGUGUGUCCUGAAAUCAUUAGCCAAGGCUGUGAUAAUACUUCAGAGCAGCUCUGGCAGGACCUUGUCUAAGGAACAAUGCAGCGAUUUAAGUUCUGUUUUGAUGGACCUAAAACGACUCCAAUUGAGAGUUGAAUGGCUAGAGCCUUUUGUUGAAAAAGCUAUAAAGCUUCAUCAAAGCAAACCUAUGGUUGAUGCUCUUGAAGAUCUUGAGAAAUACAUAGCUAGGACCAAGGAAAUGAAAAUUAAAUUCACCAAGGAGUUGGCUAACUUGGAGGAAGUCGAGAAAGAGCUAGAAGAGGAUAAGACGCUUAUAUCCAAGGAAAUUCCCAUUGUGGGACAAAUAGAUCUUGACCAGUGCAUUGGUGACGGAAUGCUUUAAGGUUUUAACUUUUAAGGAUCGUUUAUUUUGAUUUAAGAAGAAUUAUAAUUCAUUUUGGAGGAUGUUACUAUAAAUAUCAGUGGAUGCUUUUUUAUUUAUUUUUUUCCUGUAGGAUGGAAGGUAUGGUAGGUCCGAGACUGAAAGGCUCUUAUUGUCUCAUGUAUUGGUAUUGGCGUAGCGUUAAGCCUUUUUUUUAAAGAACUCCAUUUACGCAUAAAUGUGGUUCUUUUUUUAGUUGGUUUUUCCUUGGAGAGCUCUUGUCAAAAAAAAGCAGCUAUGCUUUGAUGAGAGUGAAUGAUAUCUGGUGGUCGCGCUAAUGUGCCUACGUAGCCUUUUUCAAAACUGUGGUUGUAUUUUGGUUUACCUUGCUGUCUACUAUGAUUGAACAAUGGUUGUAAUGAACAAUCUUUAGCUUUCCAUGUAAUAUUUGAAAUGUUCUGAAUCUUGAAGGUCUAUUGUUUUACAAAAAGAAGUAGAGCAUAAAUUCUACGUUCAAAAGCAAAUAAGUAUUGUAAACAGCUAAUGCCUACAUACUUUUGAAGCUCAAGUUUGUUUUCUAACUCUCUUGAGAUCUAAGUUGUGGCUAUUACUACAGAAUGUUUUCCCUCUGCCAGGAAGUUUUGCAUAAAACUAUUGAAGGUUACUCUUGAGCUACGGUUCGAGGGUGGAAGCUAUGCAUCCUGAUACUUGUAAUCAGCUAUGUACCUAUUACCUCAUACCUCACAAUAGCUAGUAACAUAAAAAUAGGAUUUUGAUACGGAGUGCUUCAGAAAGGAAGGAAAGAUUAAAAAAAAAAAAAAGAAAGACAACUGCCUCACAACAUUCUGGAACUUAAGAAAAUUUGAUUUUCCAAUUCACAAAGAAAUCAGAACAAUCCCUCCGCAAGGCAUUUAUCUUGAUCUAUUGGUACGCAUGCUGAAAUGCUCUUAGAAACAAUCUGCUUCUUAUUUGUACUGAAUCCUUGCUUCAUUUUCGCCAUCUCUAAGAGGAACUUUCGGUUCAUCUCUUCAACUUUAGCUUUGGCCUUUUCAAGCUCCACCAAAGCAGCAUCUAAUGGCUUCCUUUUGUGCAAUGCCAAA